CUGUCACCCGCCAGUCAUCCCAGCCCUGAGCUGCAUGCAACAGCCAUGUCCAACAACAUGGCCAAGAUCGCUGAGGCCCGCAAGACGGUGGAGCAGCUGAAGCUGGAAGUGAACAUCGAUCGCAUGAAGGUGUCGCAGGCGGCGGCUGAGCUCCUGGCUUUCUGUGAGACGCACGCUAAGGAUGACCCACUGGUGACUCCUGUCCCCGCCGCCGAGAACCCCUUCCGCGACAAGCGACUCUUUUGCACCCUGCUCUGAGCCCUCAAGACAGCUUUAUCCUCCCCCGCCGAACCUGAGAAUAGCUGGCUACCUGCAAGAUAGCCAUUUCACAGCUGAAGGAACUGAG